GAACGCCGAUAUCGUACGUAAUUGCCAAGUGUAAAGUCUAUGUUUAACCUAAACAGAAAGAGCUGUUUUUAAGGAAAAAGAAAAAAUAAUUUAACUAUAUUUUAAAAUGCGGUUUCUCUUUCUUAUACCGUUACUAUUAAUUACUGUAUUGAGUAUCUCAAGUAUUACUACGGCAUGGCGUCUUUUCUUGAGAGGUCGUAGUAAAGGAGGCAAUUUAAGAGAUCCAAUUUCGCUUUCUAAAACAUCGCCUUCUGAAGAGCAAUGGUUUACGCAGUACCUGGAUCACUUCAACCCAAUUGAUGUUAAUGUUUGGAAUCAAAGGUACUUCGUUAAUACUGAAUUUUAUAAAAGCAAUGGUCCAAUAUUUUUAUUGAUUGGAGGUGAAAGUUCGGCAAGUACGACAUGGAUGGUAUCAGGUGAUUGGAUUGAGUAUGCCAAAGAAUUAGGAGCAAUGUGUUUCUAUGUAGAACAUCGUUUUUAUGGAAAAAGCCAUCCUACUGCGGAUCUUAGCGUAAAGAACUUAAUGUAUCUGAGUUCGGAACAGGCAUUAGCAGAUUUAGCGUACUUUAUCGCGAGUGUUAAUGUUGCAUAUAAAUUCCCAAACGAUACAAAGUGGAUUGCAUUUGGAGGAUCAUAUUCUGGAUCUCUCGCCGCUUGGAUGCGCGCCAAAUAUCCUCACUUGGUACAUGGAGCUGUGUCUACUAGUGGACCACUGCUAGCACAGAUUGAUUUUUAUGAAUAUUUUAAUGUUGUUAUAAACUCUUUGAAAACAUACUCUGAUAAAUGUGUCAACACAAUACAAGAGGCUAACUCGCAACUCAAUAUAAUGUUACACCAUACUGUUAGUCAACAGCAAAUACAGAAAAAAUUUAAACUAUGCGAUCCAAUUGAUCCUGGUUAUACAAAAAAAGUAGAUAUUUUCAACUUAUAUGGAACAUUAGCUAGUAACUUUGCUCUCAUUGUACAAUAUAAUAAUGACAAUCGCCAAAGCUCUCCAACCGUUAAUAUCACUAUUGAAACUGUAUGUGAUAUAUUAGUAGAUGAGAAAAUAGGAAAGCCUAUUGAUAGGCUUGCUUAUGUAAACAAUAUAAUAUUGAAUGCUACUAAAGAAAAGUGUUUAGAUUAUAGAUAUAAUAAAAUGAUUCAUGAACUUCGAAACAUCAGCUGGGCUAGCGAACAAGCAGAAGGAGCACGUCAAUGGAUGUACCAGACUUGUACGGAGUUCGGAUUCUACCAAACCUCUACCGGACAGACUAAUGUGUUUGGAAAUAAUUUUCCAGUGGAAUUUUUUGCACAGCAAUGCGUCGAUAUUUUCGGGCCUAGGUACAAUAUGAACUUAUUGAAAUCUACAGUCAUACGAACAAAUAUCUUAUAUGGUGCAUUAAAUUUACAAGCGACAAAUGUAGUAUUUGUACAUGGUUCUGUCGAUCCUUGGCAUGUGCUGGGCAUCACACAAUCUUCUAAUCCACAAGAGUCUGCCAUUUACAUCAAUGGUACUGCACAUUGUGCAAAUAUGUAUCCUUCGUCAGAACGUGAUAUACCUCAACUAAAGGAGGCAAGAGAACAAGUAAAAGGUUUAAUCAAGCAAUGGCUACAAAAUUAAACUUUCUAUAGAAAUAAAUCACACCAUAAAUAUUUUAGCCAUUAAA